GCCAGCUUCCUCCAGCACAAAUGGAACCUCAACCUCUCUCACAUCACCGCUGGUUAUAUCUACUCCUCACCUCGCGCUCUCAAAGUCCGCGCAGACGAAGCCUAUGCCCUAAACCUAGCUUCCUCCAUAUUCGAUUAUAACAACAUCUCAUCAUCAGGCUUGGUAUCUAAUAUCAUGUAUUCAUUCACCCCUUCAAUCGCUUCAUCUCCUACGGUAUUCAACGAUUACGUAAACCCCAGUUUCCCGCUGUUCACGGAAGACAUACUGGUCCAAAACAGUGCUGUUUUUACAGGCUUGGUGAGGAGAGAUAUGAACGGGGUUGUUGCUUCGUGGUCAAUACUGUAUCAGAAUGCAAUCCCGGUAACCAUUUUUGUGAAUGCGUUUGAUACAGUUGUUGGGUAUGACUACUUUUCACCAGGCCUGAGGACAAGAGUCGUGACGGAAUUUUUCAAUAUACUGAUUGGGCCAGUUCCUGACGAGGUAUUCCAAUGGCCUCAGCAGUAG